UGCUGGGAGCCAAUUCCUCGGCGCCUCGCCCAGAAGCAGCAGCAGCAGCAGCGCCGCCGUCGCCGCUGAGCUCAGGAGCGCGCCCGUCCGCUUGAGCGAGGUCUGGGGCUGCGAGAGAGACAGCGCGAGGGUUCAGGAGCGAAAUGUCCAAAGCUUCUGCCUGCAGCGAAAGAAGCAGCAGCAGCAGCGGCGGCGGCAACAGCAGGGAAAACAGUCGCCGCCAGCGCCAGCAGCAGCAGCAGCCACCUUACACCCUGGGAGUUACGCCUCAAGCGCAAGACUCUUGGGAAACUGCCAGCGUUUGGCCAGUUGAUUUCCAGGACCGUUUUCUUCUCCUCCUCUUUGGUUGCUUCCCUCUCUCCGCAUACGCGCCUAUCCAACCGGGGUCUUUCCUGCUAAUUCCUCUCGCUGCUUCUUUCGGUUUUGGCUACUCUCCUGCCUGCUUCACACCUCGUGUCUUGCAAUACUCCCUUUGCUACAACAACGCACCCUGCCUCCUUUCAGACCUCCAACAGCAACAACCUCUUGUUAAGCUCAGUCCCUUUCCUUCUCUACUACAUAGAACACUACACUACAACAAAUAUUCAGCACAAUGCUAAUCCCUAAAGAAUGAAUUGAAGUGGAGUCUGGAAAAUAAGUUCAACUGCAAGUUCAAAAUACUCCAACCUUUCCUGGGUGUAACAAUUAUUACCAGAGAGGUAAAGUGUGAGGAAUUGCUUAAAAGUUACAGAUUCUGUUUGCAGGCUAAGUGAAGGGGAGAAAUCACUCUGAGAAGCAGUAUUCAACAACUGCAGAUAUCAAUCAAGAAUGAACACAAAAGAUCCAAAAGUGACAGAAGGGGGUCUCAAUGUCACACUCACUAUACGCCUUCUUAUGCAUGGAAAGGAGGUCGGCAGCAUCAUUGGAAAGAAAGGUGAAACUGUCAAGAAGAUGAGGGAGGAGAGUGGUGCUCGAAUCAACAUCUCAGAAGGCUCCUGUCCGGAAAGAAUUGUGACAAUAACAGGCCCAACAGAUGCCAUUUUCAAGGCUUUUUCUAUGAUUGCACUAAAAUUUGAAGAAGAUAUCAAUGCUUCAAUGACAAACAGCACGGUAACCAGCAAGCCACCAGUAACACUGCGACUUGUAGUUCCUGCGAGCCAAUGCGGAUCCCUUAUAGGCAAAGGAGGAUCCAAAAUCAAAGAAAUCAGGGAGUCUACAGGGGCCCAAGUACAAGUUGCAGGUGACAUGUUACCAAACUCCACAGAACGUGCUGUAACUAUAUCGGGUACUCCUGAUGCCAUUAUUCAGUGUGUAAAGCAAAUCUGCGUAGUUAUGCUAGAGUCACCACCCAAAGGUGCCACCAUUCCUUACCGCCCCAAACCUGCCUCUGCACCCAUAAUUUUUGCAGGUGGCCAGGUAAGAGCAGACACCAUUUUGACUUCAGCUGGAAACCACACCGUCUUGGCCCAACCUCAGCCGGCGCCUGUUAGUUUUCAACUUUUACUUCUUUUCUGUCUGGCAUUCACAAUCCAGGGGCAGUAUGCUAUCCCUCAUCCAGACUUGACCAAGCUUCACCAGUUGGCUAUGCAGCAUCCCCCCUUUACUCCCCUUGGGCAGACCACCCCUGGUUUCCCUGGAUUGGAUGCCAGUACUCCAACCAGUUCCCAUGAGCUCACUAUUCCAAAUGAUCUAAUUGGUUGCAUUAUUGGCAGACAAGGCAGUAAGAUAAAUGAAAUCAGGCAAAUGUCAGGAGCGCAGAUCAAGAUUGCAAAUGCCAUGGAAGGCUCGGCAGAACGACAAGUAACCAUCACAGGAUCACCUGCAAAUAUCAGUCUAGCACAGUACCUCAUUAAUGCAAGCUUAGAGAUGGCUAAAGUCAGCACCCAGACUGCUUCCGUCACGACCCCUGUUGACCUCAACAUGAACCUCUCUCAGUCUGCCACCCCUACCUCCACCCCCACCUCUGUGGCUGUCUUGGCGGCGGCAGCAGCUGCCUCCGUGGUUAACGUCAGUACCCCUCCCCCUUUACCAACCACCCACUAUGCCGUUCCUGUCUCCAGUCUGCUUGGCAUGAAAACUGUCCCACUCCUGGCACUAAAUGCCACGGGGGCCACGGGGAAUUUAUCUGCUUAUACUGCCAAAAUUCCAUCAACGAGUGGGGUUAAGAAAUCUGACCGCCAGAAGUUUGCUCCAUAUUGAAAAGAUGAGGGAAAAAAUGCAAGGUGUUUUUUUUUCUCUCCAAAGCUCUACCAAUAUUCUGUGGUAGAUUUAUAUUAACUACAGAAACAAUACGGCAUCUUUUAAACUUUUUCUGUUCAAUCACUAGUGUUAAACUGUUGCCAAUGCAAAUUGUCUUCCACUUUCCAUGACUAUUAAUGCACAUGUGCACACAAAUUGCCAACUAGUUCCAACAGUCUCCUGGGUUAUUUUAAACAUAGCUGUAUGGCAGUUGGUUACCUGUAUUUUCAUAACCCCCAGCCAUUUAAGAAAGUAAAUAUUUUUUUGCAAGAGCUAAACCUAAGAUGGAACAUCAUCUUCUGCAGAAGAUGAAUCUGAAGUGCUUUAAUGACAAAGGAACACAAUGGGCUCCCUGCACAGCUUGUGCAGUGGCAAGAAGCUGGAGUUGUUGAAUUUCAUAUUAACAGUUGUGCAGAAAAAGCAUUUAAGCAAGCCUGCUUUGCUUUGCAUCACAGCGCCCCUAGACACUGCCAGAUUAUCCUCCCAGAUUACAUUAUAUGACUCUUACAUCACCCCUUGCACUUGUGCCAUACAAGUAAAUAGCUUUUGAAAGAGAGAUGGGAGAAAUAUGUCUUUGCAACAGAACUCAACUGAACAAUCUGUUAAACAUUCUAGGCCUCUUAGGGGUAUCCCCAUGUCAAAUUUAAGCCGCAGUUCUCUGCCAAAUGACUUGAGAGUAAAUCCAAUUGAAUUGAGUGGGACUUACUGUGAGUAGUCUGUUAAUAAUCAUUCCCUCUUUGUAGGGCAUGCUGGGAAUUAUAGACAAGAUCACAGAGAAUUCUUAGCUCCAUCACCAAGGUACAAUGACAAGGAUUCAGGGGGGCAGUGGCAGGGAGAAAUCUAUGCAGAUCCUUUGACCCAGUUUUCAAAUCAUAGCACUGGGUGCUUCCUCUUCAGUUUGGCCUUUGAGGUAGGCAUUUUGAAAAUUGAGCUGAUCAGCUACAGUGCUUUCACAUGCAAAUGCUACUAUGCAAUGACGGUUUGGAAAGGAUUUCAGGAUCUUUUUAGUAAAGCAAGAGAGAAGACCUCCUCAGUAAUGGCAGAAUCCUUAAUCUAGCUGCACUGUGAAAUGCUUAUUUGUAACAAAACUGUAUUUUAAAACAGAAUUUUGCUGUCCAUGUUGUGGCUUUUAAAAAUUAUUUUUGUGCACCAGUAAAGGCUGUUAACAGCAUUUAAUCUUUUUCUAUAGUAUAUAUACAAAAUGCUACUAUUUAUUCCUUUCUAUUUCCUCAAAUUAAAGUAGAAGGAUAAAAAUGUUAGGAGAUGCAAUCAGCUGAGUACAGUUGCUGCACAACUUCUCUUCAUCUCUCGGAAGCUGUUCAGGUAUCCUACAUAAGCUUCCAGGGAAUGAAUGGAGGUUGCAGAAAAGCUGAGCUUGGGGGAUUCCUGCCUGCCUCUAGGUUCCCCAUUGUCUAAACUUCCACUUCAAAUGCAUAGUUAAACAGUUGUGCCUCUACCUAAUUACACCUACAAAUCACAGGUGUACAUACUCAGGUUUUUGAGAGCUUACAUCACAUACCAUUACAAAAGGCUGAUGAGCAUCGUUACUGAAAACAAACCUCUUGCUCUUUUGGGAUCUCCGUUACUUUCACAUUUAUGUUGCAAGAAAUUGUUAAGAUUAAAUGAGAGGAUAAAUAAUAGCAGAAAAGCUUACCUGAAAAGACAGCUUGCCUGCCCUUACCAGUGUUCCCCUGCAAUAUAUAGUCAUUGCAUGGGUGCGUUGUGCAUGUGUUCUAGGGUCUACAAUCAGUCCACACAGCCUCAAAAAAUCCUAGUCAGCAAUCCAUGAAUCUUUAGUGUGCACCCAAGAAGGAUCCUCUGCAGAGCAGGGGGUUCCUUUGCAAAGUUGACAUAGAAACAAUUCCUUGAAGGCAAAAUUUAAAAACUUUUAAAAACCACCAGUCAAACACAUUCUACCGCUGCUAAAAACUCACAUAUAUUCCAGGGAGCAGGAUUACUCCCUUAAAAAUAUCGCUCUCCAAAUGACAGCUACAUUCAUAAGGAAAAAACAGGCAUAAAAGAGAAGCAAGUCUGACAGAAUGAACUGAGAAGGGGAAUUUCUAAACAAUAAGGAUCUAUUUAUAAUUGCAAGCAAACUCCAAAUCCUGGGAGAUGUAGUGGCUGGUUGCUAACUGUUGGAACUAGUUAUAAGACAGUGGGAUUUUUUGUUUGUUUUGUUUUUACAAAAAUGGUAUUUUCUGUUUGUCCAUUCACUAUUUUCUUUUUCCUUUUUAAAUUUACGUUGCUUUAAAUAGUGGCUCCAUAAUGCAAUGUUUGCUUCACAAUCUUUUGAACUUCUACAAUCCAUUAGCCUGCCAUAUUCAUCCACUUUUGCACUCCUUGGACACAAAGCUUUAAAUGAGGAAUUGAACAGAAUGCCAAUGCAAUACUUUUUAAAACCUACUAUUGAAAGGUGUGUUGUAUAAUUGUAUAGGGCUAAGCACUAUUUUUAGUAUUUUGUGUCAUUUCUGUACUCUGUAGACUUUUCUCUCUCAACCUUAGUAUCUUUGCACUACUUUUUGUCACUGUAACCAAUUGUAGAACUGCCAUUAUUACAAACAAUUUGCACUUAACCAAAUGGUCUCCAUGUUUGUAUAUACUGAAGGGGGAGAAAUGGAAAUACUGUCAUGAUUCUUCGUGUGCAACAGCUCUAGAAACCCACUGUAAAAACUGUUAAGAACUAUUAUAACUGUGUUUAUAAACUAAGUAAACAAAUGUGAGAAUUUGCUUGAAUUGAAAUGCUGUUCUAUACUGGUUGUACUCAAGUGUUUUUUAAAUGGCAAGUCCCCCCCUUUUUUUUUUGUCCCCCUCUCCCUGAUUUUUGUUCCUGCAUUUCAGGCUCUCUUCAGAAGUAACUGGCCUCGGGGCUCUGUAAUGUGUCCCAGCAUGCACUAGGGCUUGAGCUGCCUGACAGGACUUUUCUAAAGCCUCAUGAGACAAUACUUUCUAUGGACUAAUCAACAGAGGAAGUGAUCAUUUCUAACUUUAUUACUCUUCCAAGAUCUCCAAAUAAAUACUUCAACUCUUAAGCAACUGUGCUUCCCAACUCCUUUGUUGCUUUCAUUCCUAUUCUAUCUUAAUAAUCUUGAGGCUCAACAAGACACAGCAAAGGAUUAUUAUUUUUUAAAUUUCUGUAGAUGUUCUUGCUCUGGCUGUGCUGUAUGAAGCAUGGGCUGUUGAUGUUUAAGCCACUAUAUAUUAAGAACAGUCUUGAUAAACUAAAUAAGCUGUUUUUAUAAAUAAAAGUUUUCCUGACUUUAAAAACCACAUAAUAGCUUUGUGCAUACAAAUAGGUGUUGUGAUUUUUAACUUUGUAACUAAGAUGUUGAUCAAAUACUAUUUUUGUGACUUGUCACCAAUGAGUUCAGACCUAUGGCUUGUUUUGCAUUAAGAAUUAAAGG